AUGAGUGGUGAGCGAGAAGAAUGUACUUUGAAUAAGAUAAUCGAAAGUGCCGAACGCAGAACAUAUCAGCUGGUAUCGAAAGAACUGGGUGCAGCUGGUGAUAUGAAACAGAAGCAACAACAACAACAACAGCCAAAAGCCUUACCACCACGAAGCAGAUCCUGUUUGGCGAGUAGCACGUAUCCGGUCGGAUAUCAACCCCUAACGAUAUCAAGUGAUAGCAAUCGACAACGGAGGUGA